GUAUCCUCUUUUCUAUAUAGGUGUGCGCGCGUUUUAUUCUGUCGCGGUCGCACGAUGAAAGAUAACGAUCCGACAGAUAGAGGUGUGAUGUGUGUAUUCUGUAGUGGAAAAUAAUUGAUGCUUUGUUUGCCAAUUGUCCUUAACUCAGCAAGAUCUUUAUUCACGUGGUUCGAAAGGGUCAGCAUCAUGGUGAUUCUACUGAACUGCUUUACUUUGGGAAUGUACCAGCCUUGCGUCGACGACCAGUGCGUUACAAACCGCUGCAAGAUAUUACAGAUGUUCGACGACAUCAUCUUUGCAUUUUUCUCGUUGGAAAUGACGAUAAAAAUGGUGGCCAUGGGUGUUUACGGUAAAGGAACCUACCUCGCCGAUUCCUGGAAUAGGUUGGACUUCUUCAUAGUGCUUGCAGGAGCUUUAGAAUAUUGCUUGAACGUCGAGAAUAUGAAUUUAUCAGCAAUACGUACGAUAAGGGUGCUAAGACCGCUACGGGCAAUCAACAGGAUACCGAGUAUGAGGAUACUCGUGAUGUUGCUACUCGACACGCUCCCGAUGUUGGGCAACGUGUUGCUACUGUGCUUCUUCGUCUUCUUCAUCUUCGGCAUCGUUGGCGUUCAGCUCUGGGAGGGCAUACUGAGACAGCGGUGCUUUCUCAAGGCUCUACCCAACGUCAAGUAUCCAGAGUUACUCUCCGACGAGUACUCCGUUCGAUCACGCAUUUACGACUUGGAAAAGUACUUCGAGUACCAGGGACAGGAUUAUAUUUGCUCGAGGCCCGAUGACAAUGGCAUGCACAGCUGCAGCAACUUACCAUUACUUAAGAUCGGGAGCGUGGAGUGCAAUCACACAGCACUGCCGAACAAUAACGUGACGUUCAUCAGCAACGAUACGUGCGUCAACUGGAAUUACUACUACACCGAGUGUAAGGGCCAAGGAAACAAUCCUUUCCAAGGCACGAUAUCGUUCGACAAUAUUGGCCUUGCCUGGGUGGCCAUCUUUCUCGUUAUAAGUCUCGAGGGUUGGACAGACAUCAUGUACUACGUGCAGGAUGCUCAUUCGUUCUGGGACUGGAUUUAUUUUGUCCUUUUGAUCGUCAUCGGUUCUUUUUUCAUGAUCAACCUCUGCCUAGUCGUAAUAGCGACUCAGUUCUCGGAGACGAAGAAGCGGGAAAUGGAGAGGAUGCGAUUGGAGCGGGCUCGAUUUCAUUCUACCAGUACCCUCGCUUCUUCCACCAACACGUCCGAGCCCACCUCCUGUUACGCCGAGAUUGUUAAAUACAUAGCUCAUCUCUGGAGGAGAGGCAAAAGAAGAUUGAUGAAGAAGUAUCGACUGUUUUUGUAUAGUAGACAACAAAAGCAAGAACGAAAUUUGUUAAAAGAUCCGCACAGUCAAGCGCGGACAAAUUUUGUUCGAUCGUCGAGGCUGGCUGAUGGCAAAUUGCAUCACUGUCGUUGCCCUCGGUUGUUAGCCGCACUGGAAACAGAGCAAGUCGGGCUAAACGCCGUUGAAGAAGGCAGUACAACUGUCGCGCCACUACCAAGCAACGCCAUUGCACCACGUGCCAGUCCUGAGAUAUCUGAGGUCGAAGUGUCCGUCAACCAGAGGCAUCGCCAUGCCUCGGUUUCCAAUGACAGCGAGAAUAACAUUAACGUCAUCGAGACGCACAACGCGCUUUUGAGCCCGCCUAGCGUGCAACAUCGGCGACGAAGCAGCGUGAUGUUCAGCGACGUCAUACUGCUUCACGGAAGUAGCGUUAACACGUUGCCAGGCUCGAUCGGGGUGGCCGGGGGCGAGCGAAACGUUUGCUCCAGCGAGAAAAUGACACAAACCGGCGACGGCAAUGUUUGGUCGAUGCCCCAGCCUAAUAACGUCCAAGCCGAGCUCGGUGGCAGCGAAGCAAUGACGUGCCAAGAACUUCUCGCAUUAAGUGGGGCACUCAGCGCUGCCUUACCCACCGGCCAAUUGGCCCUCGACUCCUUUUUGAAUUCACUCACUAAAGGCAUAACCGACCGACAUAUAACGGUGGAGGAUCGCACACAGUGGUUAUCCGGUCCAGAUGCUGAGGUAUGUUCGUGCUGUUGCGACAUGCAGAACGAGCACUGGCCCGAAGAGCCAACGACCGGUAUCCGUGCCAGAUGGAGAAGAUCACAGACGCGGCGAUUUCUCAAGGCUGGCGGCAGUUGCGUAUUGUGUGCUCUUCGUUGCACGAGGCGCUGGACUAAAAAACUCGUCAAUCAUAAGUACUUCCAACAGGGUAUACUCUUUGCCAUACUCAUUAAUACCCUUAGUAUGGGCAUUGAGUAUCAUAAUCAGCCAGAAGAACUGACAGUCAUAGUCGAGAUGAGCAAUUUCGUCUUUUCCGCUAUCUUCGCAGUCGAAAUGUUAUUAAAAGUCGUAGCGGAAGGACCCUUCGGGUAUAUCAGCAAUGGUUUCAACGUCUUCGAUGGUGUCGUUGUUGUUUUAAGUGCUGUCGAAUUGUGUCAAUCACUUUUGGAGGAUAGCCGUGGAGGGGGAAGUUCCGGUCUGAGCGUUCUUAGGACAUUUCGCUUGUUAAGAAUUCUGAAGCUUGUGCGUUUCAUGCCGAAUCUACGAAGGCAGCUAUUUGUAAUGCUACGCACGAUGGAUAACGUGGCCAUAUUUUUUUCUCUUUUAGUACUGUUCAUCUUUAUCUUUAGUAUCCUAGGAAUGUACCUGUUCGGGGGUAAGUUUUGCAUGUGGGCGGACCGGAGUCGGCCCUGCACCUGUGCCGAGGUGGUUUCGCGCCAUCCGUUGUGUCGCUGUGAUCGCAAACAUUUCAACGACAUCGUCUGGGCACUUGUUACAGUCUUCCAGAUUCUGACGCAGGAAGAUUGGAACGUAGUUCUGUUUAACGGAAUGCAAAAAACAUCCCACUGGGCAGCAUUGUACUUCGUGGCUCUAAUGACCUUCGGUAACUACGUGCUUUUCAAUUUGCUCGUUGCUAUCUUGGUCGAAGGUUUUUCUUCUGAGAGGAAUGAAAGGCGAGAACGGGAGCAAAGAGAAUUAGCCAGGCUCGCAGCCAAAGAAGCUGGCCUGGGUAGUGAAGAAGGCUCUUCUAGAAUCUCAAGAUCUCAUUCUAUUUCUGAUAGCGAUACUUACACUCAGGAUCAUAAAAAUUCGUGGCAGAGUUGCGAAGAGUUACGGAAGUACAAGGAUAAUUACAGCCGUGAGAAACACAAUCAGCAUACGUGGAAGCAGCAUCAGUUGGAGAGCGAGCCCAAGUGUAACAUUCAGAAGGAGAGCAAGAUGAUGGGUGUUGCCGGUGGACCGCAGCCACCAAUCAUCACCCACACUGCCGCAACACCGCAGGACUCGCCCAAUACCACCCUCGACACCGGCUAUCGGGACCUCAACUUCCGUGCCAUAUAUCCCACGACACUUUCAAUCGAGUCAAUCGAUCGCUCGUCUAGUCAAUGUAGCAUUUAUUCUGGAUUUUUGAAACCACCUGACAACAACAAUAAAAAUACAACAAACAAUUUAGUGAGUCAGUCUUCGAGGCGCAUCAGCCUUGUAAAUUCUUCCACUCCGAGAGAAUCUUUUAGCUCAAGCCCGCCGAGAAUUCAAAGAGGAUAUUCUUGGCGCUUGUCAAGGCCUUCGUUGAGAAGGAAGAGGUGGUCCCAGUGGGAGGACGAGCCACCGCCAUCAGGCCAUGCAAUGGUCCUCAAUAACGGAAGGAGUACCGUCGGUCACAAAUCCUUAAGUUGCGGAGAUUACACAAACUACAACGGUGGCUACCUGCACGGUUCAAUAAGAAAUGACACGCACCGGGACGUGCCGAAUAAUCGUACAACUGCCAUUAGCCCAAACAAUUCUAUGAGGAGUCGAAGAUCCUCGAGCGCGAACCAGCGAUACGUAUCCCAAAUGCAUUGGACAGAGGCGUUGUCACGUCGACCUUUGCCAUUGGACGAGUUGCCACCGAGGAUAAACAAUCUUGGGGCGGAAGUGGGCCCUCUGCCACGGAUUAAACAGCUGCCGGAGGAAGAACUCGAACCACCAGCGACACAGAGGACAGGCGAACAAACGCCACCGUCCAAUGACCACGAAAGCGCCGGCAGCAUCGAGCGCAUCAAGAAGAUCUUCAUGUUCUUUGAGCCCAAAGGCUGCCUAAAAGAGCGCGACGACUACUCGCUCUAUAUAUUCCCGCCGAAUAAUAGGUUUCGAGUAUUCUGCGAUUGGUUUGUCGAGCAAAAAUGGUUCGACAACGUCGUGCUGUUGUUUAUCGGUUUGAAUUGCAUAACAUUAGCAAUGGAACGACCGAACAUUCCGCCCGAUAGUCGUGAGAGACUUUUUCUCUCUAGCGCCAAUUAUAUUUUUACCGUGGUCUUUGCCGUGGAAAUGUUUUUGAAGGUCGUUGCGACGGGGAUGCUUUAUGGAACGAACGCUUACUUCACGUCAGGCUGGAACAUUAUGGAUGGCUCGCUCGUGGUCAUUUCUAUAAUCGAUCUCGGCAUGUCCUUGUUAUCAUCGAGCAGCCCUAGGAUAUUCGGCAUAUUAAGGGUAUUCCGGCUGCUGCGCUCGCUGAGGCCUUUGCGAGUGAUAAACCGCGCUCCAGGACUGAAAUUGGUAGUGCAGACGUUGCUCUCGUCGCUGCGUCCAAUCGGCAACAUCGUCCUCAUUUGUUGCACGUUCUUCGUUAUCUUCGGGAUCCUUGGUGUGCAGCUGUUCAAGGGUGCGUUCUACUACUGCGACGGCCCGGAUAUCAAGAACGUGCGCAACAAAACCGACUGCCUGGCAGAUAAGCGUAACGCCUGGCUCAACCGGAAGUACAACUUUGACGAUCUUGGCAAGGCGCUCAUGUCACUCUUUGUUCUGUCGUCGCGCGAUGGCUGGGUGAACAUCAUGUACACUGGCCUCGAUGCCGUCGGUGUCGAUCAGCAGCCAAUCGAGAAUUAUUCCGAGUGGAGGCUGCUCUACUUCAUCUCCUUCAUACUGCUCGUCGGCUUUUUCGUGCUCAACAUGUUCGUCGGCGUGGUCGUCGAGAACUUCCACAGGUGUCGCGAGGAGCAGGAAAAAGAGGAGCGUGUGCGCAGAGCCGCCAAGCGCGCAUUGCAGAUGGAAAAGAAACGAAGACAGAUGCACGAGCCGCCUUAUUACGAGAACUACUCGAAGGUUCGCCUAUUCAUCCACAACGUGGUCACGUCCAAGUACUUCGAUCUGGCAAUAGCAGCGGUCAUCGGUCUCAACGUCGUCACUAUGGCCAUGGAGUUUUACAUGAUGCCCAAAGCACUCACCUAUGCUCUCAAAAUAUUCAAUUACUUCUUCACGGCUGUCUUCAUACUCGAGUCCUUCAUGAAACUCAUAGCGCUUGGUAUACAUCUUUAUCUGAAGGACAAAUGGAAUCAAUUGGACAUCGGUAUUGUCAUACUCUCGGUCGUGGGUAUUGUACUGGAGGAGGUCGAGUCUAAAAUCAUUCCUAUUAAUCCGACCAUCAUUCGCGUAAUGAGAGUUUUGCGGAUAGCUCGAGUUUUAAAGCUGUUGAAAAUGGCCAAAGGCAUACGAGCAUUGUUAGAUACAGUGAUGCAGGCGCUACCGCAGGUUGGAAAUCUGGGUCUAUUGUUCUUUCUACUUUUCUUCAUUUUCGCCGCGCUCGGAGUGGAGCUUUUCGGGCGACUAGAGUGCAGCGACGAGAUGCCGUGUCAAGGCCUCGGCGAGCACGCGCACUUCAGCAAUUUCGGUAUGGCUUUCCUCACGCUGUUCAGAGUUGCCACCGGUGACAAUUGGAAUGGCAUCAUGAAGGACACCCUCAGGGACAACUGCGACGACGCCGCCGACUGCGUCAAAAAUUGUUGCGUUAGCAGCAUCAUCGCGCCCAUUUUCUUUGUCAUUUUCGUACUUAUGGCGCAGUUUGUGCUCGUCAACGUCGUCGUUGCCGUGCUGAUGAAACAUCUGGAGGAGAGUCACAAGCAGAUGGAAGAUGAACUGGACAUGGAGACGCAGUUGGAGCGCGAGUUGGCAGCCGAGCAGGAGGAGCUGCUGGAAGUCCACGAGGAGGAGGAAGACGAAGAAGAGUUGGAAGGUGAUGCGGCUAAGAGGAAAGCUUUGGAGGCCCUGGAGGAGAAACUGGAAAUGAUCGAGCAAGGAGAGGAUGUCGAGCCUGAGGGUAUCGACGAGUUUUCAGCUGCACGUCCGGGACUGUCCAAAGUACGUUCGCUGCCUUCCAACUUCAUCUACAAUCCACCUGUUGAGAGAGAGAGAGCCAACGACGGUAGUUUUCAUGACGUAUCUGUAUCAACAAUGGACGACAAUCGACGAUCGAUCUAUCAGCAGCAACGGCAAGCAAAGCCAUCGAAAUUCAAGGUGAAACGUCGUCAGACCUUCCAUUCGCAGCAUCGCCACGGCGGCAUGUUCUCCACGCCUCCGAUGCACUUUGAGGUAGCCGAACUCAUACGUAAGCCUGCGAGUAAUCUCAGCGUGCCACGGAUCAUCCCGCAAAGAGGCUCGUCCUCGUCCUCGUCCAUUGCCUACGGCAGCGCCAAAUACCUCGCGGCAAGACCGUCAAUUUCCGUGCAAGCCGAGAGCAGGUCUUUCCUCGCCGUUGGCCCACCCUCCAGGCCAUCCUCUGUCGAGUCUAUACAGCAGCAGCAACAGCAACGUCGGCUCUCGACUAACUCUACUACCUCAAGCAUAGGAGACACCACUAGUAGCGCCGUGUACAAGCAAAAGGCUUUCCUAUGUCCGGUGGCGGAUUUACGGUCCGCCAAGGCUAGAAUACCCACGCCCGAACUCCUUUCCUCGGAUACCACUAGUCCUGGCGUUUCGAGUUUCAGCGCUUCGAGGUCGCCUAGCACAUCGAGUUACGGUCGUCGCGAAAUCAAGGAAGAUAAGCCACCAACGGGGAGCGAGCCAGCACCGGAAGACUUUGACGUGCAGUCCAUCAUCAACGAGAGACGUCCUUCCCGUCUCAAGCCUACGUCAACCUUCACCUUCAGCCAACUCUACGUCAAGGAGGAGUCGGCCGAAUCACCCGUCGUCACCAUUGAAGAGCCCAAAAAAGAUCUCGACGAUCGAGUGGUCGAAGAGGAGGAGGAGGAGGAGGAGGAACAAGAGGAUGAGGGCAAGUACGUGAGUGUCGGUGUUGGUUCAAGCAGUGUCGAGCUACGGAUCUUCGUCGACGAGACGGGAACCCAGCGGAAUGAUGCUGAGAAAGAUACUGAACCCGAAGUCGUUGUCAUCCAGCAACCCGGCUAUAGUGAUCAGGGUAUACGGCGAAAGAAGAGUUCUGCCAGAGAAGAUCCUAAAGCGUAGAAAUCGUAAAUGGUGAUACAUUUUCAUGAAAAAGAUCUGUCUUCGUCGUAGUGACUUUAAAAGAGGGCAAUUAUAAAAAAAGCAACACAAGCGUAGUGAACUCUGAGCAAAACUUUCGCUGUCCUGUUCGAAAGACUGUAGUGCAUGACAAUAUAGUCGUUAAUUAACGUACACACAUACAUUACAAAUACACACGAUUCACCUUCUCUCGCCUUUGACGCCUUUUUCAAGAAGACAAGUCAAGUCAUUACAUUAUAUAAUCAGUCCAGCAUUGUGCUACAGAUUGACCGAGCGAAAAUCAAGUAAUUAUUCUCAAGAAACAAUGUGAGAUUAAUUACAAAACAGGCGGAUUAUAAGCAAUGAAGUUUGAAAGUUGAAAACAGUUCAUAAGAUUAAGUGUAACUAUAGCCCUUGUAAUGAUAGAGUUUUAUCAAGAUUUUUCUUGAAUUUAUGCGUGAAUUGACGAUGUUUUUGUUCUUUUGUUGUACGAACUGUUAUUGGAGUCUUGAAAAACAUAUAUAGUUGACGAAGAGUUAAAAAUAUCAACAAGAUAAUUUGGUUGUUCAAAAUAUUGUUAUUACAAAUUGUUAGCGCCACACAAUGUUGCCACUCUCAUGACAAUCUCUAAAUACUGUUAUUGUUAACGAUGCCAGCGUUGACCGUGCGAACAUUUGAUAAGAAAGAUUUGAGAAAACUAUACAAGUUGAAUGAGAUAAAAGUCGUCCUUUUAAUUGAUAAACAACGUUGUGACCAAAAAAUAUCUAAAAUGAUUGAAUGAAACGAAGCAAGAGUCGUCAAUGGUAAUUAGCCACAACUUAGAUAAGACAUCGACGUUACUGUGUCGAACAGCAGCUUGUUUACCGAACCAAUGAUGCAGUUUUGUUGCAUGAACAAGAGGAAAACUUUUGGUAUCAUUUCAACUGGAUCCUAACGAUUUUCUAUGUACUGGGUGUUUUCGCUCUACUUGACAUUCCUGAUCUUUUUCAAUGAAAACCUAUCCGACCGAAAGUUUUUCCUCGUGCGUACAUAUGCAAAUUACGCGCUCGUGCGGGCGCGAGGCAGUCCAAGAAGGACGGUAUAUAUUCUGUCGUUGAUUAAAAAAAGAAUUAUCGAUAAUUCUUCAUACUGGCGAUUUUCACUGAAUACUCGGAGUCUCGGGAUUGGUUUUCCAGAUGAGUUACGAAUGCAAGUUCUCUCUCUCUCGACAUUUUCUAUGCGACAACCUGACAAUCUCGUCAUUCUAAUUUAAAAAAAAUAUCUGUCUGAAAAAAUAAGCAAUAACAUUGUAUUGUUAGACAAUUCUAUAUAAACUUGAACAAGUGUUUAGCAACUCGUGUGUUUAGUUUAAAAAGAAAAACGCGAGUCCAUUAACAGCUAUUACAUAGCUCUUUGAGAUCGUACGUUCGGAGUAUAACUACACUGUCGCACUUUUCUACAGAAUUUUUUGGACUUUUUCUGAAAUUUUACAACUUUUCAUAGAGGAAAAGUACUUCCGAGACUUUGACGUUAUAAAAUGCGUUAUUUUCUCAAAAACUUCUUUCUCUUUCCCACUCACAAUGAAAUUAGAAUAAACGUAUAAUAUUGACCUACCUGUUGCCAUUUCGAAUGCUUGACUCUUUGUCUGAGACGACUAGUUGAAUGAUCCUUCGUUUUACUCUGCUUUGACUUCGUAGAGAAUUUUUUAUUAACAUCUGUGAUAUAUUUUAAUUAUAGUAUAUUUCCUAAAAAUGUGAGAAAAUAAUAAAAAACAUUAAAAGCGACGAAGUUAAAAAAGAUUCAAUAAAAAAACCAGUAAAUAAGUAGGUGCGCUAGCGAAACUUUUUGAAUAAGAGAAAGUCUAAACGAAAUAUAAAAAAAAACGAAAGCGACUUGUGAAAAAAAUAGAACGCUAUCUGUACAUAAAUGUACUAUAUUCUACUCUAUACACUUGGUGUGAUUUAUUUUGAUACUAUGUAUAGCGUACUUAACGAUUAUCGAGUUUAAAAAAGAAACUCUAUGCCUUCACAGACGUUGACGAACCUUCGCUCGGUAGUGGUGCCACUAACCUCGUUUUAUUUUCCAAUAAAACAGCAUUUCAUAGAUUUAAAAGUAAUAUUUCAUGAGUGCGCACUAAAACUGUGAGUGUUUAAUAUAUGUUACGAACGGUGCUUGAAUUUUAUUGUUUUCUAUUGAACUUCAUAUUUGUUAACAAAAAUAUUGUACAUAUUUUGUAAAUAUUGUUAGUCAUAUUCUUAUUUUUACCAAUGAAUAGUAAUGAAGUAAGUUAAUAAUUGUUAUAAAGGCAAUUUUGUUUGAUCUUACUGCACUGCACAAAGUUUAUGAAAGUUAAAAUCAAAUUUUUCUACAUUUGAAAGUAAAUUUUGUGUUGAAAGUAGAUAGUGUGCAAUAAAACUGUUAAAUUUAGUUAUUUGAUGUUUAAUUUUUGGGACAUAAUAAGCAAAAUACAUUACUUGAUAUUAUAAUGACUGAAAUCAUGUAGAAUUUUUAGAAAGUAUUAUUUAGUUUUUGAAUGUUAGGAUAUACAAUAAAUACUUUUCUAAGCAAAUUUAGAUUCUGUACUUAAACAGAUUUUCUUAAGGAAAGCUUUUCACUUACAUUAUUGAAGUAAAAAAUUACAGAUCUAUACUAAAACUACGUCAAUUUACCAGUUUCAAACACUUAAUAAUGAAAUACAGAGAGCAUGUAAAAUUUACUAGCUUUUCAAUCAAACGUUUUGACAAUCAAUCUAUUUUGCAAACUGUUGCAAAUGGCGAACAAUAGAUUUCAAUAUGCAACGUAAUAAUCGAGUACCAAUAGUUAUAAUUUGGCGCAAUUUGUUUAUUAACAUUAUUCGAACAAAUGAUAAUAUCAACUAAAACUUACUACUUGGCACCACAUCCGAAUCUCGAUAGCUCGAUAGCGUUAGACGACUGACCUCCGAAUUAUCUAGCGUAUAAUCUGAGUGCAAAUUAGUGCAGUUCUAUUAUAUGUCUGCCGAAUAACAUUUAUUGCGAAAACUAACCAAAAUAAUACUUCUAUUGGUACUUUGAUGCGCCUCUUGCGCUAUUCAAUCAUUUUUAGUUUGAACACUUUCUAAGCAUUUAUUAUGAUUUUCAUAGACCUGGAAAGGCAUCAGAGAUUUUAAACCAAAAUAUAAUAAAACGAUAUAAAAGAAAGAAACUCAAUAAACAAAUUAUAAUCAAUUAUGAAAAAGUUAUUAUUAGGGAUACGUCGUAAAAAUCUUUUUGCAAAUAAGAGACGAAAAGAAAGAUACGACGCUAAAGUAAUAAUUUUACAGAUCCUCUGUAUAAAUUGAAAAAUAAAGAGAGGAGCUGUAAAAUGCUAAAAUUAUAUUAUAUUAUACAUCUAAAACGUAAAUUAUAAUGUGUAAACAGAAGAAAAAAACAGUACAUAUAAAAAUAGACAUUAAAGCGCAGAUGCGUAUUCCACUUUUGUUGGUAUACCGUUCAAAUUUCAUGGAGCGAUUUGAUUCAGCGAAAAUAAAAUUAAUGAAGUUAAUUAAAGUAAAAAGUAAAAUGAUUGAUUAAAAUAAAUGCAGAUAAAUAUAUUUAAAAAGUAACAGUUUUUGCUGAAGAACUGCCUGGUCGUCGCAGUUCAUGCACUAUUUUACGUACACCUAGCAAAUGAAAAAAGAAUAAGAACCGUAGUUUGUUUUAAUGAGCAUUCGAUGUAUAUAAUAUAUAAAUCUGUAAAACACGCGCGAGAUAAAUGAGAUUCUUUUGAACUGCGAGGGUUCAAUAAAACCCAUGAGUGUAUGAGAAUUGCAAAGUUGAAAUAAUAAACUAUAAAAUAAACAAAUGAGAAUGUCUAUUGAUUGUGGAAGUAUGAGAGACAGCUGCUUAGAACAAAAUGAAACAUAGCAAAAUAAUUGAUUAGAAUGUAAAAACUGUAUAAAGAAAAUAUAUUGAGUGAAGAUUACGU